UUUGCCUUCGUCCCUCCUGCCUCUGAGUUCUGCCUCCACCAGCAGCAUGAGCCGCCAAUUCACCUGCAAGUCGGGAGCUGCCACCAAAGGGGGCUUCAGCGGCUGCUCGGCUGUGCUCUCAGGGGGCAGCUCGCCCUCCUACCGGGCAGGGGUCAAAGGGCUCAGCGGGGCCUUUGGCAGUCGGAGCCUCUACAGCCUGGGGGGCGCCCGGAGCAUCUCGUUCAAUGUGGCCAGUGGCAGCGGGAAGAGUGGAGGUUAUGGAUUUGGCCGGGGCCGGGCCAGCGGUUUUGCUGGCAGCAUGUUUGGCAGUGUGGCCCUGGGACCUGUGUGCCCGACUGUGUGCCCACCUGGAGGCAUUCACCAGGUCACUGUUAAUGAGAGCCUCCUGGCCCCCCUCAAUGUGGAGCUGGACCCGGAAAUCCAGAAAGUGCGUGCCCAGGAGCGGGAGCAGAUCAAGGCGCUGAACAACAAGUUUGCCUCCUUCAUCGACAAGGUGCGGUUCCUGGAGCAGCAGAACCAGGUGCUGGAGACCAAGUGGGAGCUGCUGCAGCAGCUGGACCUGAACAACUGCAAGAACAACCUGGAGCCCAUCCUGGAGGGCUACAUCAGCACCCUGCGGAAGCAGCUGGAGACGCUGUCCGGGGACAGGGUGAGGCUGGACUCGGAGCUGAGGAAUGUGCGGGACGUGGUGGAGGACUACAAGAAGAGGUAUGAGGAAGAAAUCAACAGGCGGACAGCUGCGGAGAACGAGUUUGUGCUGCUCAAGAAGGACGUGGACGCAGCUUAUGCCAAUAAGGUGGAGUUGCAGGCCAAGGUGGACUCUAUGGACCAAGAGAUCAAGUUCUUCAAGUGUCUCUUUGAAGCCGAGAUCACUCAGAUCCAGUCCCACAUCAGUGACAUGUCUGUCAUCCUGUCAAUGGACAACAACCGGGACCUGAACCUAGACAGCAUCAUCGAUGAGGUCCGGGCCCAGUACGAGGACAUCGCCCUGAAGAGCAAGGCUGAGGCUGAGGCCCUGUACCAGACCAAGUUUCAGGAGCUGCAGCUGGCAGCUGGCCGGCAUGGGGAUGACUUGAAAAACACCAAGAAUGAAAUCUCGGACCUCACCCGGCUCAUACAGAGAAUCCGCUCAGAGAUUGAGAAUGUGAAGAAGCAGGCUUCCAACCUGGAGACAGCCAUUGCUGAUGCCGAGCAGCGGGGGGACAAUGCCCUGAAGGACGCCCGGGCCAAGCUGGAUGAGCUGGAGGCUGCCCUGCACCAGGGCAAGGAGGAGCUGGCCCGCAUGCUGCGGGAGUACCAGGAGCUCAUGAGCCUGAAGCUGGCCCUGGACAUGGAGAUCGCCACCUACCGCAAGCUGCUGGAGGGCGAGGAGUGCAGGAUGUCAGGAGAAUAUCCCUCCCCUGUCAGUAUCUCCAUCAUCAGCAGUACUGGCGGCAGCGGCGCCUACGGCUUCCGGCCCAGCUCGGUCAGCGGCGGCUACGUGGCCAACAGCAGCAGCUGCAUCUCUGGAGUGUGCAGCGUCCGCGGCGGGGAGGCCCGGCGCCGGGGCAGCGCCAGUGACUACAAGGAUACCCUGGGGAAGGGCUCCAGCCUGAGUGCCCCCUCCAAGAAGGCCAGUCGGUAGAGAGGGCUGCCCAGUGCCCUCCUGCCACCCCUGUGUCCCCAGCAGGGGCUCUGGCUCCCACAUGUGCUCUCCCUAGCCCACUGUCAGCCCCCUCCUCCCCCUGCUCGUCCUGCUCUUGUACCUCAGGCUCUGGCCUUGGCCACCUCACUUCUCUCAACCCGUGUCUUGCUGAGCUGGACAGGUGUAGAUGACUAAACCUGGUGAAAUUCCUCCCUUCACACACCCGACGUUCGCCUCUUUGGCUCUGGUCCCCCAGCCAUGCAGUCAGCUCAGCCCCUAGCUCCAGCCUCUGGCUCAGCCACUAUCUGCUCUGUCUGGCCCCUGGAUCUCAGACCCAGGGCCCCUCUCACACUAGGAGCUGGCUCUCUGUCCAAGAAAGGGAGGACUGAAGGACAACCAUGAGAGGCUUGGUCCCCGUCCCAUCCGCUCAGACUCACGACUCAAC